UUGGUUUCCUCUUUUAUUUAGAGACGAGAUAUUUUGAAUAUAUCAAUUUAUUUAUAAGCAGGUUAGAAUUGCAAUAUAAAACCUGAAAUCCAAGCAAAUGGGGACGGAAUCCACAUUUUUUAAGAGUAUUUAUAGAUGGGAGUGCAUCUCCAAAGAAAUCACAGCAAAAAUAACGAUCGGUUAAAGCUUGUAUUAUGAUGGCUUUGAGAAAAUUCAAUAUCUAUAUAUAUAUUUACCUAAUGGCAAAUAAAUAACUUAAAAUUUAAAAUAUCGGGUAUUUUUUUUUAAACCUUAAUAGCUUUCACUGCUUGAUCUGAUUGCUGGUUCAUUGAAAUAGAAAAAGCAUAUCCCUAAUUUUAAACAUUCAGUUUAUAACUAGGCCAUUCAUUGUUGAAGAAAUGUCUGGUGGUACUUGAUGCAGGAGUUUGAAUUGACAAAGAUGACAUAUAAAUAUAUAUGAUCAAAGGAAAUUAAACACAUAAUGCUGCAGAGAUUUAAGAAGUUAAAUCUACUUCUACUUUAUUAUAUAUUAGUACCUUAGUUCUAAAGUAUAAUAACUUUUUUAAAAAAUGAGAUACUUUUAUUGUCCAUCUAUAAAUAUUAAUUAAAAAUCAAUUAGGUUAAGAGUUUUGUUUUUUUUAAUAGAUCAAGCAUUUUAGACUUAGAAUUUACAAAUAUAAUUUGUAAUAAUGAUUAAAUCAUUACAUUAUACUGAUUAAACAAACAAGAUCUCGAUUCGGUAAAUUUUCGCAAUUAUGGUGUCGCUUUGGUACGUGCGUCUUUUCACCCAUGCGGUGAAUUUGGCUGUCGUGGUUCCUCGUGUGUCGGUCGGUAAUGCCAUUUGGCUCGAGGGGUACCGAAAUAUAAGCCAUUGGCUGCGAUAUCGUUUUGAUUUGGCCGUGUUUCGAUAAAUGGUUACCGUGCAAAUGAUUCUGAAUGCUGCAAUGGAUUUCCUGGUUUGUGUGCAAGCUGGUGUCAACCUGCAACAACACCCACUAACCGGUAUUGUGAGUCUACGGUGGAGGCUAAGCUGCGCCAUGAAAAGGGGUAUGAGACUCCAAAAAAGUUUGUAAAACCUGUAGAACCUGAAGAAUCUUCAGAGGAUUCCUCUUCAGAAUCAGAAGAAAUGGAAGUUGUAGCUCCUGUUAUGAAAACUAAGAAGCUGACAAAAAGCAAAGAGACACCUGGUAAGAAGAAGGUAGAAUCUAGUGACAGUGAGGAAGAAGAGGAAGAAAGCAGUGAGGAUGAGGAAAGUGACAGUGAGGAAGGGGAAGAAGAAGAGGAGGAGGAGGAAGAUGAAGAAGAUGAUGAUGAGGAAGAAGAAAAGGCAAAGGUGAAAAAACCUGUAGCAGCUGCUGAAUCUAGUGACUCUGAUGAAGAAGAGGAUUCUAGUGAAGAAGAAACUAGUGAAGAUGAUGCUCCUAAAUCAAAGGCCAUUGAAAAAACAAAUGAUAAACAGAAAGAUGGGUCAAAAGAGGCCAAGAAGCGUAAAAAGGAAACGGAUGAUGGUAAAAAUGCCAAAAAAGCUAAAGUUGAUGAACCUGUUACUGUUCUGUGCAGAAAUGUUCCCCAGGAAGUGACCAUUGAGAAGCUUGAGAAAUUUCUUAAGAAGAAGGGAAUUGCAUUUACAUCUGUUCGCAAGCGUAAUGACAGAAUGUUUGCCCACAUUGACUUAGCUAAUCCUGAUGAUCUUGAUACAGUUUUAGCAAUGAAAAAUCUUGAAUAUAAAGGGUCUAUGUUGGCAUUUGAAAAAGGUAGACCCUUAGGGGCAUCAAAACCAGAAAGGAGCAAGGAGGAUGAUUCAAAAUCCCUGUUUGUGAAGAAUUUGUCCUUCGAUGAUUCAGAAGAUAGUAUCAGGAACAAUCUGAUGGAGAUAUUCCCUGAUGCACAAAAUGUUAGAAUUCCAUUCAGGGGGAAUGCACAUAGAGGGUUUGCCUACAUUGAGUUUAGUAGUGCUGAAGAAGUAAAGGAUGCUGUUGAAAAUAAACAAGGGGUUGAGUGUGGGGACCAAAAAUUGUUCUUGGAUUAUGCAAGUGGUUCUUCAAAAAACAGAAGACGUGGCUUUAAUGAUCAACCUGAAGAAUCCAGUGUGCUGUUAAUUAGAAAUCUAUCCUAUGAUUCAACAGAGGAUUCUUUGCGAUCAUAUUUCAAAGAUGCUACUGAUGUACGAAUACCAAUGUAUUCAGAUACUGGAAAGCUAAAGGGAAUUGCUUUUGUGGAAUUUGAAUCUGCAUCAAAAGCUAAAAGUGCUUUAAACAAACAUGAUGACUCUAACAUUGAUGGCAGAACUGUUCGAUGUUGCUUUGCUAGAAACAGGGGUGAUGGUGAUGGAAGAAGUAGUGGAGGUUACAGUGGUAGACAUAGUGGCGGAGGUUACGGAGGACGUCGUGGUGGUGGUGGCGGUGGCGGUUAUGGCAGACGUGGUGGUGGUGGUAGUGGUAGUGGUGGUGGUGGUAGUGGUGGAGGUGGCAGACGUUUUGGUGGUGGAGGACGAAGUAGCUUUGGAGGAACCGGGAAGAAAAAGACUUUCAGUGACAGCGACUGAUGGUAUUUAGCAGCAUGGAAGUGAGAGCUGUGGCUUUUGUACCUAUUGAGUGAUAGAUGGUCAUUUCACCUUAUUUUAUGAAUUCAAUCACAAACAUCUAAUGACACCAGUAAAGUCAUUUUAAAUUCUGUUUU